AUAUAUAAGAUCUCUUCGUUAGGGUUUUGAGCUUCUCACAUAGUCGCAUUUGCUCAUACGGCAUUCUGCUCUUCGUCAGCUGAGUUCCGCCAACAUGACUAAGAGAACUAAGAAGGCCGGAAUUGUUGGCAAAUAUGGCACAAGAUAUGGUGCCAGUUUAAGAAAGCAAAUUAAGAAAAUGGAAGUAAGCCAACAUAGCAAGUACUUUUGUGAGUUUUGUGGCAAGUAUGCUGUGAAGAGAAAAGCAGUAGGAAUCUGGGGGUGCAAGGACUGUGGUAAAGUGAAGGCCGGGGGUGCUUAUACCCUGAACACGGCCAGUGCAGUAACAGUGAGGAGCACCAUCCGUCGUUUGAGGGAACAGACAGAGGGAUGAGGAGUAGCUGUUGCAGGCUUGCAGCAACUCUAUUUUGUUUGUAGUAGCAAGUUUUCUUGACUUUUGUCGAUGAACUUGGUUAAUUAAUGACUGGAAGAGGUUGAUUUUUGUCUCGCUUUGGAGUUAUACUAAAUGCAGUGUUCAGGCGUUUUCUUAUUUA